AUGCACGAAUAUCUUUCAGAUCGUGAGCAACGUGAGCUGUACGAAGCGGCCAAAAUCAUCCAGAAUGCUUAUCGGCAGUACAAAGCACGCAUCACAACGCAACGUCAAAAUGAAGCGGAGAAGAAUGCAGCAAUUGUUAUCCAAAGCUAUUAUAGGAGAUAUAAGCAGGUAAUCUACUACCGUCUUGUCAAGCGAUAG